AUGUUUACCAGAUUACGAUCUAGAGCGUGUACAGCAAACGCCUCUGCGGUUAAUUUUCCUGUUCGAAAGCCAAAAGAAAGCAGUCGUAAAAAGAAGCAGCAUUCCGAUUCAGAUGUUGAGGAUCUAGGUGCUAGGAUUGAGGAAGCUAAGGAUAAUGUAGCUUCUGCGUGGGAGCCGCCCCUUUGGCGGACGCAGCUGAAGAACAUCCGCCAGAUGCGUUCCAAACGUGAUGCCCCGGUCGAUUCUGUUGGUUGUAGCGAGCUGGCUGACCGAUCGGACGGCGACCGCACGUACCGGUUUCAGAUACUCAUCUCUCUUAUGUUGUCCAGUCAAACUAAGGAUGCAGUGACCGCGGCUGCGAUGAGUAAUUUGAAAAAGCAAGGAUGCACCGCCGAAAAAAUCGCCGCUAUGUCCGAGGCAGAUUUGGCUGCCUUGAUCUAUCCUGUUGGAUUCGCUAAGCAAAAGGCCAAGUACAUCAAGCACACUUCAGCCUUACUGGUCAAGGAAUACGACGGUGACAUACCGAAGACGGUAGAUGAUUUGCUAAAGCUACCUGGUGUAGGUCCAAAAAUGGCACAUCUGGCGAUGCUCUGCGCAUGGCGCCAGUCUAGUGGUAUCGGGGUCGACACCCAUGUCCACAAAAUCUGUAACCGGUUGGGCUGGGUACAGAAAGCUACAAAGACCCCGGAGGCGACAAGACGAUCCUUGGAAGCCUGGUUUCCAAAGGAACUGUGGCCCGAGAUCAAUAAGCUCCUGGUGGGCUUCGGUCAGCAGAUCUGCCUGUCAGUCAAUCCACGUUGUGAAGAAUGCUUGAACAAGUCCAUAUGCCCGUACUACGACAGUACUGUUAAACGGAAAAGGAAGAAGACGAAAAAUUAG